CUACCAAAAUGACAGCUAGAGCUUUCUGGCUCCUCUGUUUGAUCAUUGCAUCCUCUCCGGAAUCCCCAGUGGCAGAGAGAAAAGCCUCGCCGCCCCACGCCAGGAACCCCGACCCCAGCGGAGGCCCGAGUGCGGAGGAGACACCGGAGCCACGGCCGCAGCCGGUACCCGAGGCCGCUCAGCCCGUCUGGUCGCACCCGAGGCGCCGGAAGCCUCCGCCACCCGCCGAGAACCGAGCUGGCUUCCGGGAGGCCCCACGCGCCCCCGCCGGCCCGCCGAGCCCGCGCCUCCCGCAGGCCGAGAACCGCGCGUCGCCGCGCCGCGUGCCCGCGCUGGAGGACUCCCCGCGGCGCGCGCGCACCCGGGCCCUGCGCAUUCCAGCCGCGCGCCCCCCUGCGCGCGCCGCCGACGCUCCCUCCAGCCCCGCUCACCCCAACCGGCCGCGCGCCGCCGCGCCGCCCUCGGAACCGGCGUCGCCGCCUUCGCGCGUUAGCCCGCCGCAGCGGAACACGGACCCGGACGCCGAGUCUUGUGUGCACGCCUGCGGGGCGGAUCUGGACGAGCGCGAGUCCUACUGCACGAGCGAAUUCGCAGUGAACGGAAUCGUGCAUGAUGUGGACGUGCUUGGCCCAGGGAUCCAGCUGGUGACUCUGCUGGUGGACCGGGACGGGUUGUACAAGAUGAACCGCCUGUACACCACUCCGGACGGGUUUUUCUUCCGAGUCCACAUCUUAGCCCUAGACUCCUCCAGUUGCAAUAAGACAUGUCCAGAAUUUAAACCUGGCAGCAGGUAUAUUGUGAUGGGCCACAUCUACCAUAAGAGACGGCAGCUUCCUUCAGCUCUGCUCCAGAUCCUAAGAGGGCGCCUCCGGCCAGGAGAUGGACUGCUCCUAAGCAGCAGCAGCUAUGUGAAAAGGUUUAACCGAAAAAGGGAUGUGCAAGUUCAAGGUGCAGUUCACACCCAAUGCAUCUGAAUUUACCAGCUUGGCAUUUCUGGAUCAUGAGACUUGGAAUUGAUGAACAAGUCAGGAAAGGAAAGGUCUAGCUUCAUGUAAUGGGAUCUUCCUUUAGGGCACACUGCUCCUUAUAUGAACUAGUUGCGUAGUUCCAACUUCAACAGUGAAGCUGUCACCUCAUUUACAAAAAUGCUUCUUAAAUGAAAUGCUUUAGAGUUUGGUGGCAAAGCUAUUCAACUAGUACCAGUUAUGCGUACACAGCUACUGACCUGUCCCAUUAACAGAUCACUGCUUCAUGCUGGUUAUUUUUAAUUAUUUUAAUUUAAAUACAUUCUCAGUAGAAAGAGUUCACAAAAAAACAUUUCCUUGAUUUUAUAUACAACUUUGAAUAGUUUGUAUCAUGUAUCAAACCAAAUCUACACCUAAACCAUCACAUUUCAAGGUCUGUAUGUAACAGUAAGUGCAGCAAAGACAUGUUAUGAUGUCAGACCAAACAGAUGGGUCGGAGCCGAACACAAUUAUAAAGUUUUACACUUAAAGAAUACUAACAGGCUUAAUUCAAGCAAAAUAUUAUUCAAACAAGUGUUUCUGAUGUACCAAAGUGUAAGAGAGUUUAUUAUCAUGCCUCCCUGCUCCUAAAAACAUGGUUUGUGUGAACUGGCAGCUAUCCCAAUGCUACACAGAUUCUGGGUGUAUCUGAUGUCAUUUUUUUUUUUUUAUUAAGACCAAGUAUCACAUUAGUGUUUGUAAAGCAGUAAAUCUUGCUCUGAAAUCAGAUCUUGGAUGCACC